AUGGCUUCCGUCGGCCCUUACGUCCUCCCCGGUGACGAGAUUGACGAAUCUCUCAUCCCCUCGCAUCAGAAACUUCCAUUGCGACUCGGUCCUGGUCUCCGACAUGUUCCUCCCAGGCAAAUAGUGCCCACCAUCGCCGGCAAGCUCGUCUCCGAUCGCAAGAAAAACUCGAUAUGGGUUGAGCAGACAAGUGGACGGUACAUACCCGCCGUCGGCGACCUCGUCAUCGGCACCGUCCAGCGGACCGCCGCCGAACUCUACUACGUCCUCCUGGCCGAUUAUUCAACACCGGCAAUGCUGCCCCAACUCUCCUUCGAGGGCGCGUCGAAGAAGACUCGUCCCCAAUUAGCGGCCGGCGCCCUCGUCUACGCCCGCGUCACGCUGUCAAACAAGCAUAUGGACCCCGAGCUCGAAUGCGUAUACCAAUCAACUGGCAAGAGCGACGGCCUGGGCCCCCUCGUGGGCGGCAUGCUCUUCGACAUCUCACUAGGCAUGUCACGGCGUCUGCUCAUGCCGAAGACGACGGAUCUUGUUGUGCUGGAAGAACUCGGUGCCACUGGUGCGGCGUUCGAGACGGCCGUCGGUCGAAAUGGCAAGAUUUGGGUCAACAGCGAGAGCAUCAAGAUCGUCAUCGCGGUGGGAAGGGCUAUUCAGGAAACAGACGAGCGCGGCCUCACAGUCGAUCAGCAGAAGAAGCUAGUAAGAUCCUUAAUCAAAGACUUGAGUUAA